UUUGCUCAAUUUUUCAGGGACCUCAACACCACACUGACAUGUAGAUAACAGAGUCGUCCUUGCUAAUCUGACAAGCAGAUAACAGUCCUCGCCACGCCGACAAGCAGAUAACAAGGUCCUCCUCGCCACACUGACAAGCAGAUAACGGGGUCCUCCUCGCCACAAUGACAAACAGAUAACAGGGUCCUCCUCACCACCCUGACAAGCAGAUAACAGGGUCCUCCUCGCCACACCGACAAGCAGAUAACAGGGUCCUCCUCGUCACACUGACAAGCAGAUAACAGGGUCCUCCUCGCCACACCGACAAGCAGAUAACAGGGUCCUCCUCGUCACACUGACAAGCAGACACCAGGGUCCUACUCGCCACAUAGACAAGCAGACACCAGGGUCCUCAUCGCCACACUGACAAGCAGAUAACAAGGUCCUCCUCGCCACACUGACAAGGAUUAACACUAUUACUGAACGGGUCACACGUGUCCGCCAUGAUAAAAUGGAAACUGAAGAUCUUCCUGAUCCUCGUGUGCAGCUCUGUCGUGUUUCUAGCUUACCUGAACUACUUAACUGUGACUUCUAAACGUGUUAGAAUCAUGGAUUUGAAAGGUGCACAAGCACAACACAACUUCUUUGAUGAUGGUCACAACAUCCCCUCGCAUAACGUCAUGAAAAACCACAGCAAUGCUGGACUGGAUAUAGAUAAUAAACUUGCCGAAGCUAUUUCCAAGAAGGUCAAGGUUGCAUGCUUCAUCACUUCCAUGCAGAAUCAUCUCGAGAACAAACUCCGAGCUGUCAAUCAAACGUGGGGGCGGCGCUGCGACAAGACUCUCUAUGUGAUGACAACCAACAUGACAGGCGCAGAUAUACUUCCGGUUGAGAUUGAAGACGAUCGCCAGACGUUGACGGAAAAGACUCGGGUCGCCUUCACGCAUCUUUAUAACAAAUACCUGAACCAGUUUGACUUUUUUCUCAAGGCUGAUGACGAUACGUAUAUCAUUGUGGAAAACUUAAAAUACUUGCUCUCUCACUAUAACGCUAGCCAGCCGAUAUAUAUGGGAGAUCUGUUCAUCCAGUAUGCACCAAACGGAUAUAUGAGCGGUGGCGCCUCCUACGUGCUAAGCAGAGAGGCCCUGAAAAGGUUGGUUCAAAACGGUUACAAAGUUCCUGGAAGGUGUCGACUAGAGGGCGGGGACGAAGAUCUUGAAACUGGGCGGUGCCUGUACAAAGCUGACGUAUUGUCAUACAGCCCUGUUGAUCGACAUGGCCGAAAGGCAUUCCAUGCUGUCAAUGUAUAUGCAUAUCUGGUGGGACCCAUGCCUGGUUUUCUUAAAAUAUUUUCAAGGAUUCCAUCAAAAAUGGGCGACGACUGUUGCAGCCAGCUUACCAUCAGCUUUCACUACACAGAACCGAAGCUGAUGUACCUCUUGGACUUCCUCCUUUACAGAAUCAGUGUUUAUGGACGAUCCAUCAGCUACAAGAAGCUGAAGGGACUCUUUCAACUAAAAGCGUUACCUAAACCACCAAUAAACAUGCCCCGAUUUGCGUAUCUCGGAGAGGAGCUAAAACAGUAUUACAGUAACGAGACAGAUUGGAGGAAGUUAAACUCCACAAUAUACGUGUCGAACGACUUAAAGCGACUGUGGGAAAAGAGAAAGACAAGAAAAAUAAAUGUUUAAAUUGUUUUUGUUUGUUUUUUCAGGCAAAUUAACUAUACAAUGUGGGGUGGGUUUUUUUACAAGAUUCAGCACUUUAUGAUAUCCUGCACAUCAAUGUUUGGUUUGUGUUGGUGCAUAUGGGUCACUGUUAACUGCAUAGAGUAGUCUAGAUUUCUUGUUUCAAUGAAAAUUGCACACUCAAAUUAGGGUACUGUUUUAAGAUAUACAUUCCCAGUUACAUUUUUACUGAAAUAAUCCCUUUGUUUUUAAUAAUGGUUUAUGUUAAAAUAACGAUGGCUUGCAGACAAUUAAUAUCUCUUUAAAUCAAGUUAUUUUCAUAAUUUAUGUAGUCUAAAAAAAAAAAAAACGAUCAGUUUUAAAGUGAAAAACAUGAACUGUUAAAACAAAAACAAAAAUAGGUGCUACAUGUAGUCAGAUACUUACAAACGUAGUGUUCCUGUAUGAUAGACAUGUUCCACGUAUGUGGGGUAGUCUUGACUAAACUGACACGCUAAAAAACCCUUCUGAUCCUAAUCAUCUUCUUCUUAAGCUAGGAUUCCAUGUGUCCGUAGUGCGUUAUGCGUGAUGCGCAAUGCGUGAUGCGUGAUGCGCAAUGCGUUUUGCCCGUUUCCAUGUAUCCGUAUAUAUUCAUCUGCGUGAAACUACUUUGUCCUUUUGGAGCAAGACUGGAGAAAAGAAUAGGUGUGUAUUUUGUGAAUAUGGCUUGCAAAAUAUGGUUUAAGUGUAGUUAUUAUCACAAAAUUAUUGUUACUGUUUGAAAAUAUUAUAUGACGGAUGUCUGGCUUCUAGUGUGUGGGUGCAACUUUUAAUAACUUUUAAUAUUUCGAUGUUUACUCAAAUCAUGAUAUAUACCGUAAUCUACCUCCAAAAAAUAUCAAUGUUCCAUCUCCCCCACUGAAGGAAUAAACUGUUUAUAUUCUUUAGAAAAGGGCACUCACCCCAACACCAUCGACUUGGAUCCGCUGACAUUUAACAAACUGGCUUAUCAUAAUUAUGCUGCAUAUACACGUACAUAUAUAAGUUUCUGUGUAUUGCGUUUAUAUUUUUUGUUGAAUGUUAUUUUUACGGAACAUUAUCUAUAUUAGACUUUAUCUUUUGUAGUGAAGUCAUGCCUCCCUGCUGGUCAAAACUAGCGCGUUUAAGAAGAGAGGUGGAAGAAGAUGAAAAUAUGUUGCUCAUAGCUGGAAUUGCGCAUUACUACCGAAAGAAAACCAAACGAAGGAAACAUAAGUGCUGGGUCCAUGCAGUAUUGAAACAGAGAAAAAUAUUUGGAACGUACCAUCAUCUGGUUAAAGAACUUGAGUUGGAUUCAAAAGUAUUCCAACAAUACUUUCGUUUAAGCAGGGAACAAUUUCAGCAAGUUUUGUUGCAUUUAGAGCUACACCUUGUCAAAAUAAACCUAACAAGAGAAACCAUCAGUCCAACGGAACGACUUACAAUUUGUUUGAGGUAAUAACAUAAACAUACACAUGUAUAUAUUUUGUUAAGUUCUAUUUAUUUGCAAAAACAUGUAAUACAAAUAUCAAAAUUAUACAAUGACUGUGGUAUGAACUGUUUCCUGAAAAUCAUGAAUAGUGAGCAUUUGCCAUCCUGGCCCUAUUGCAUCUAAAAUACCGAAUGCAAACGUUACAGUGCUCUAUACAUUAAGGUUGCCAUAAUAAAGAAACAUAUUAAUUCCUGUCUCAGUUGUUUAACUCGGUCACAGCCAUGCCAAGAACAUCUGAUGUUUCCCUCUCCACACUGGGGAAGUGCUCGUUUUCAUAGUGAUUACUUUGUGGUGAGCACUGAUAUAAGGGAACGCACUGCUGAAGAGUGCUGGAGGGAGAUAUUAUGCAAUGUGUUUGAGGCUGCACACAAGCUUGCAUUGGAGGAAGAGGCAUAAUAGUUUGGGGUGGCAAAUGCCUAUUCUCUGCAUUGAAGAACAACUGUGCAAUCUGAAAUUGCACCACUCCUUUAACAUCGUUUGGCAGUUUCUUUAGACGAAGAAUGUAUGGCUCAAGGAAAGCCUCAUCUGCAUCUCUAGCUUCUGGAAUGUUUUCCCUUCUCUUUUUAGUACUUGUGCAGAGAUCAAUCGGUGCCUUCUCAAAGCCAUCUGGUUCUUUAGUUUUUCUAUACCUGGCUUGCUUUGAUCUUAUUAUUUGUUUGCUACCACUAGCAGAUGUUCUGUUGACGUUUGAUGUUGACUGGCUCUUUAUGCUAUUUAAAAAAAAGAAAGAAAAAAAGAAAAAAAAAGAAGCACAGUUAAUACAUUAAUAAUAAUAACAAUAACAAUAAUAAGAAGAAAAACAACAACAACAAUAAUAAUAAUAAAUGAUCUUUUCAUUCAUUUCAGAUAUCUGGCAACGGGUGAGUCGUACAAGUCACUUGCAUUCAGUUUCCGUGUGGGUGCUACAACUGUUAGUACCAUUGUUCCAGAGGUAUGUGAGCUGAUUUGGUAUCACAUGAAGGACUUGUAUAUGCCGCCACCAAGAACCAGUAAUGAAUGGAGGCUUACUGCAGAAAACUAUGGAUAAAUGGGACUUCCCCAAUUACAUCGGAGCGAUAGACGGCAAACACGUUAUUCUAAAAGCACCAAAAAAUACAGGAUCACUCUAUUUCAACUACAAAAACACAUUUUCUAUGGUGUUACUAGCCUUAGUUGAUGCUAAUCUCAAGUUUCUUUAUAUUGACAUUGGGUCAUAUGGACGAAACAGCGAUGGGGGCAUUUUUCACAUUCAAGCCUUGGCAAAGCUUUAGCUGCAGGUAAAUUAAAUCUGCCUCAAGAUACUCCUCUUCCUGGUGGCAGGCACAUGGGACCAAUGCCUUAUGUCAUCAUAGCAGAUGAAGCAUUUCCACUACAAAGGACUCUUCUGAGACCAUUUCCUGGAAGGGGUUGCACAGAAGAGCAGAAACUGUUUAACUACAGAUUAAGUAGAGCCAGACGCAUUGUAGAAAAUGCUUUCGGGAUACUAGCAUGUCGUUGGAGAAUAUAUCACACAAAAAUAGCGGUACAGCCUGAAACGGUCAAAUCUGUGGUAAAGGCUACAUGUGUUUUGCACAACAUGCUACAAAGCCAGAGCACCCCGGCACAGAUACAAGCCAUCCAGCAAGAAUAUGUUGAGGGUACAGAAUGCGAGGCUCUUGAAAAUAUGCCCCGAAUUGGUUACAGAUCAGGUGUGGAGGCAGGCAAAAUACGGGAGGUUUUCAUGGAGUAUUUUGCUAAUUUUUACAAACUGCCAUGGCAAAAUUAAAUCAUUCAAAGAGGACAGUUCAGAGAAUAGAAGGUUUUUUUACGAUUUACCUUGUUGAUGAGCUUUCCUCUGCAGCAGUAUAUUUUAACCCAAUCUCAUCGUCUGGAUCUUCAUCACCAUCCACAGAGUUUUCAAAUAGGUCAUCAUGAUCAUCGUUCUCGUUCAGAGAAAGACUAUCUGCACAUAGAUUGCUGUCAGUGCUGAAAAUAAUCAGUAUAACUUCUACCCAAUCAUUGUGCAUGUAAUAUCUAGGGCAAGGAAGAUAUGAUGUAGACAUAGUUAAUGUUAUAAUUAUAUGAACUGCAAUAUUCAAUAUGCUUUAAAAAACCCCAAAAAAACAAAAACAUUUAAAAAAGAAACUACUGUGUUGUCAGAAAUAGGAAGUAAAAUAAAUGAAAAUAAAGUACCGUUUAAUUGAUAUAGAUCGUUAUUAUAUUUUUCUUUUUAAAAUUACAUUUUUUCUUCUGUAAAUUCAUCCAAAAAUUGCAUUAUGUCAAUAAAUUUCCAUUUCUUUGUGUCACUUGCUCCAGAUCCACUUUUCUUGAAUUUCCUUUCUCUUCUCUUCCGUACAUAAGUGUCCCGAAGUGUUCUCCAUUUUACUUUCCAGAAAUCACCUAUGUAAAAACAGAAAACGUAAAUUCGUAAACAACCAUAGUAGCAGUAGCAAGUGAUUUACAUAUACAUAGAGAAAUCAUUUGUUGCCAUUAUUCAAAAUCAAUAGAGGAAACCCGCUACCGCCACUUGGGCGUCUCGUUCUGACUAGCAGCAAAGGAUAUUUUAUAUGCACUGUCCCAUAUACAGGGUAGUACAUACCACGUUAUUGUGAAGCACUGGCUGGAAAAAGAAAUAGCUUAAUGGGUCCACUAAGAAGGAUCCAUCUGGCGACCCACCUUGAGCGGACGCUAUACCACUGAGCUACGUCCCACUCCCGACGAGAUGAAAUGUACACAAGUGACGUAAUGUACAUCACAAUGUGUCACUAAAAUGCUGACGCAAUAACGUGGAAAUAAAACGAGACAAUUUCAUCAAUGUAAAAUCAUUACACAUAGUACUACAGUAAAUUAAACAUGACCACUUAAAAAUCAGGUUUGAUUAUAUAUAAUGUGCAUGUGUUUAUGUAUGUAGGUCUAAUCUUCCUACCUGUCUUUCCCUCCCAGUCAAGUAUAGUUGCUACGCUAUUCCAUAUAUUGACACUCUUCACAGAGUCCUUGUGGUCCUUUCUUGAAGUGUCAUAUAUGGACGGCUUUUGCUUAACCACUUCUAUUAAUUUUUCUAAAAUAUCUUCUGGAACAAUGUUCCGAGGCAUUUUGAUAUUGCCGCAAAAAAACUAGGAAACACGUGAUUUCUCGACUUCCUGUGUCCGUAUUGUCUGCGUGAUGCGUAUUGGAACGAUCAUCGAGGAGUUCUGAAUUAACGCAUCACGCAUCACGUACACAUGGAAUCGCUUCAAUUGAAUUCAAUAGAAACCGUUGUUAGCGCAUCACGCAUAACGCACUACGCAUAGCGCACUACGGACACAUGGAAUCCUAGCUUUAGGUUGUAUUCCUUCACUGUCUGGAGAUCCACACAGUGGUGUAAAGUUAUUUGUAUGUUUCUUCUUGUUUUCUUUCUUUCUUUUUGUCUCCUGUCCCACGAAGCAGGACCAAGUGUUACUAUAUUUAAGGCCGAUAAAAAUUUCAAGAUGGCCAUCCUGGCAUCUGAAAAAUCGAGACAUUUUUAACUUUUUCUCAAUUUCCACCAUUCAAAUUUCAUCCAUAUGUAUUCUUAAUUAUAUUCUCAUGGCCCUGGCCAAGUUUGUUAUUUUUUCGGGACGAUUCAAAAUUCAAAAUGGCCGCCCUGGCCUCUGAUUGACAGAUAUCUUUCUUCUUCUUAAGUUCUACUGGUCAGGUUUCAACCAAACUUGGUUCAAAGAAUGCUCUCAUGGCACUUACCAAGAGUUGUUAUUUUUGGGGAAGUUUUAAAAUUCAAGAUGGCCGCUCUGACCUUUGAUUGACUGAGUUGUUUUUGACUUCUCAAGGUCCACGUACAAGCAGAUUUCAACCAAAUCUAUUCCAUAUUAUCCUCUCCUAGCCCUGACCAAGUAUUGUUAUUUUUCAGGCUGAUUCAAAAUCUAAGAUGGCCGGCCUGGCCUUCGAUUGACUGAGACAUUUUAAAACUUCUUUUCAAGGUCCACCAUCCAGGUUUCAACCACACUUGGUUCAAACGAUCCUCUCAUGGACCUGACAAAGAAUUGCUAUUUUUGGGGCUGAUUCAGAAUCCAAGAUGGCCACCCUGGCCUCUGAUUGGCUCGGACAUUUUCAAUGUUUUCUCAGAUUCCACCAGGCAAAUUUGAACCAAACAUGGCCGAAGUCAUCCUCUCAUGACCAUGCAUAUGUUUGUUAUUUUGGUGGCCAAUUGAAAAUCCAGUAAAACACAAGAUGACCCUGUUUUAACCAUAUUACAUUAUCAUGCGUAUGUAUUAAUCUUAAUUUUGUUUUAAUUAUUAUUGUAAAUACUAUCUAAAUCUGUUACAUGUAUCUUUGGUUGUUUAGCCACUGUUCCCAUUGAUUUUGAUAAAUCAUGUGAGAAGUUAUGGAUUUUUGAGAAAUAACCAUGAAAAUUAUAUGGACUUGGCUUUUUCUGUUCAAAUUCAACUACACAAACUAAGCCUUUUUUGUGUGGAAUCUUGCGCAAGCUUCCAUAAGUGUAGACAUGCUUGCACAGUUGAAGAUAUGCAUGCGGCAAGCUUGCAGAAUUACUGACAACCUUACAUGAGCUAAAUGUUAGCUUGCAAAUAGCUUGCAUUACUUGUGCUACCUUGUAACAAACUUGUAACUACCUUGCGACAACCUAGUCGAAAGCAUGCAUUUUUGUUUGGGUAUAACCACCUAAUAAUGUUUGACUUGAUAAAAAUAAUUCUACAACCAUUUGUGAUGUACAGUUGUAUGGACAAACUGUUCAAUGUAACAGGACUGUGAAGGAUUGGACAAUAAUGUACACUGGUUGUGGAUUUGUAGUGUCCGUAACCUUUCAAAAAGCAUCAUUAUACAUUCAGAUACUUUAUUUUUUUUUAAACCCGACCAAACCAUGUAUUUAAAUGUUCUUGUAUUUUAAGGCUAUACCAUAUUACAAGGAGAACAAACAAAUAAUAUAGCUGAAUUUGUAAUGGUUAAUUUCGUCCAGCAUUCACCUCUGAAAAUAAAAUUAUGACUAGCAGGGCAUUCCUCAUGCUGAAAACAUGUCUGAAUUGUGUUCAGUACUAAGACCAUUUUUAACUUGCAUAAACAAUUAAGUUCACAAUGAGACAUAAUAUUGAACCCUACUGAUAACAUACUACUAGGGGUGUUUUACAUUUGUUAAAUAUGUUCAGUUGAUCGGUUAUGGACACUAGCAGAUGUCACAUCCGGCCAUGAAUAGUUAGAUUUGCAUCUGAAAAUUAUUGUGUUCAUAUUUACGUUUAGUAUUGGUGUUAAUAAGGUUACUGUUUACUUGGUGUUAACAGAGUUACCAUUUAUGUUAUGACUGUUUCAUGAACAUGUUAAACUAAAGGUGCACCGUAUUACUCUUAUGUUUACAUACUGUGUGUUUACAAUAUGGUUUUAUAUCUAGUAUUCUAGUUUUGUUUGGUAGUGUUCGUAAUCAAAUAUUCACUUUACUAUUUCAUGUUCUUUGCCUGUCUAAGUUGACUGUGAAAGAAAAUAUUUUGCCUUUAAAAUAACACUAAUACAAAUAUAAUUCAGUUUUAAUAGUUGGAAAUGGUUAUUAUUUUAAGAUAUCUUAGCACAACUGGCAGUUCUAUUUUAUAUUCCAUUAUGUUUAUAUUUAUUAGUCAUAGUUAUUUAACAUUCAGUUAAAUAUUAGAUGAAAUAAACACUAUAUAUUCACGUAUGUUCAUGAAUUAAACAUCCUGGAAAAUACAUAUACUAUUGGUUGGAUGAAGUGCAUUUAUGUUUUGUUAUAUAAGAUUAUAGUGUCCGUAUCCUUAACGUGAAAAAGAUAGAAGCUAUUGUCAUAAGCAUAAACUUGGAAUUAUUAAACCCACUGAUACAUUUUCCAAUAGUUAAAUGGGCAUACUUUAUUAAAAUAAAAUGUAGUUGGAUCUUUCAUAAAGAAAUAUAUUUCGCCCCAAACCCUCCAUAAACAUUUCUAGGAAAGCUCGCCGGGCCCGCACCUAAAACCACGCCCUAACGACUACCAAACAGACUAGCUUUUAGAGGCGUUCCUGAAGAUCUAAACGGAGGGGGGGGGGGGGGGGGGGGGGGGGACUCGGGACAGGCGUGUUCGAAACCCUAGUGGUAUAUGGACACGUUAAACCAGUUACUAAGCUAUUGCUAUCCAGUAUGGUGUUUUCUCUAUCUCACAACUGUAACACGUAGUCGUGAAAAAACUGUUCACGGUAGAAAAACCUGAAAAUAAAAUCAUAAAUCAUGAAUAAAUAAUGUAUAACUGUU